CGCAGAACAACCGCCAUUGUUUUUUCUUUUGACAGGAUCUCUAGUUGUUAUUAUUAUCCUCUCUCUCUAACCCACCGCUUCUUUCCUCUCGGCUCUGGCAUCUUCUACUCUUCUCUAUAUCUUAAACACAUCAUCUUCGAUUCAGAAAGCCAUGGAUGAGUCUCCCGCGUCGUACAUACACUUGCAGGUGCACAGGCUGAUAGAGGAGUGCCUGGUGUUGAAGAUGAGCAAAGAGGAGUGCAUGGAAGCUCUGUCGAAGCACGCCAACAUCAAACCGGCGGUCACCUCGACGGUGUGGACGGAGCUUGAGAAGGAGAACCCGGGUUUCUUCCAAGUUUAUUAUCACAACCACCGCACAUCAUCAUCGGCGCCGGCGCCGUCGACGCCGCCGGCCGGCAGGGAGCGGCGUAUUAAAGCCCUAAUCUCCAAUUACUCGGAUCCAGCGUCGUCAUCAUCAGAUUGAUUGAUCCAAGGGGCUACUAAUUAUUGAUUAAUUAGUGGGUUUAUAAUUAAUAAUUGUCAAACUCAUCAUCACCCCGUGAUCGAAAUUGUUGGGGAUGGAUGGGGUGUAAUGGAAUAUUUUUAUAUAUAAUAUUAUACAAUUUUCGAGUCAUCGGAUCCCAAUAAUUUCAGGGGCAGCUAGCUGCAUG